AUGGACAGGCUCUGCGCUGCUCAUCGCUGCUCUGCGCUGCUCUGCCCUGCCCGCACCGCCGGCCUCGUUACGCGCGCGCAGUCUGGCCGUGGUGCGAGGCGCUGCAGCGGAGCCGUGGGUGGUUUCGCCACUGCCAACUGCCGUGUGCGUUUGCGUGUGCGUACUGCGUGUGCGUCGUGUCUACUCGGUGUGUGUGCGUGUGUUUACUGUUUAUUGUUGAUCAACAAUGCCGGACCAAAACAAUACUCGCCACCACCAGUCCCGUCCCCCAACCACGGCAUCGGGGCACCUCCCAGCUUCCACGCCGCUAGGAUCCCCCCCAAUCGCGCCAUGGCAGCAAAUGAGGCCAAUCUUAGCAUCCUCAUGCCCGCUAGCUGGGGCUGCGUCAUGUUCAAUAGGGGGCUCUCCUCGCUGCCAUGGCCCAUGUCUCGCUUCCUCCUCCACCAUGCCACUCUCACCUUUGCCAUGCCCGUUGGCGCCACCGCUGCUUAUUCCCACGACAACACAGCCUUUCCUGGUCCACCAAUACUCCACCUGUCCACCAAUAUGCCCGCCCUGUCGCCUUCAAUAAUGCCCUGA